AUGGCUUCCAACCGCCCAGGAGAAUGUUGUAUUCGAGGAGUUGUUCAUGAAGGGGCACCUGCUGGAGAGGAGAAGGAAUUCGCUGGAGUGAAUACCUAUUUUGCCUAUCCCGAAUCAAAGAAUACCGAUAAAGCAAUACUCUUGCUCACUGAUGUGAUGGGAAUCUACAUCAACCCUCAACUCAUUGCCGAUCAGUUCGCCGCCAAUGGAUACCUAGUUGUGAUGCCUGACAUCUUGGAUAACGACCCAAUUCCUCUCCCGGAGAACCGCCCUGAAGGAUUUAGUUUGCAAGCAUGGUUGGAAAAGCCAAGUCAUCAGCCCGAGUUUGUACAGCCAAUCGUUGAUAAAGUGCUUGCAGAGAUGAAGAAGCAGUUCAAUCCUAAGAAGAUCGGAGCCGUUGGAUACUGCUUUGGCGCUAAAUACGUCACCAGAUUAUUGGAUGGCCGCAUCGAUGCUGGAUACAACGCGCACCCAUCAUUCGUAACAAUUGAAGAAGUUGCCGCUAUCAAGAAGCCUCUCUCAAUUGCCGCAGCUCAAACCGAUAGCAUCUUCACCACAGAGCUACGCCAUCAAUCAGAGGCAAAGUUGAUCGAGAUAGGUGCAACUUUCCAGAUCAACUUGUAUGGUGGCGUUGAGCACGGAUUUGCCGCGAGGGGUGAUAUGAAGAACCCUAUCCACAAAUUCGCAAAGGAACAAGCAUUUAUGCAGGCCGUUGCUUGGUUCAAUGAGUAUUUAAACUGA